AUGAAAAUUUCAAAUAAAAUCGAGUUUUCGAAACCAAUUGGACAAGGCAAGUCUUCCUGUCUUAAAUUGAGUAUUAAAAGUUUCAAAGGAGCAAAACCUCUUGAGAAGAAUGUUGACGAGAAAUUAUUGUCAAAGAAAACUCAAACAACAAAAGAAAAAUUCAAGUCAACGUCAGCUUCUUGGAGGGAGAAAUUGUUAGUUGAUGAAAUAAAUAUCAGUAAAAUAUUAGUACAAAUGGGAUUGAAAAGUUAA